GAACUCCGCGCACGCACGCUGUCUCGAUCACGCCGCUGCGACAGCGAGCAUCGCGAGUUCGACAGCAGGUUUCAAGCAUCGCCAUGAACACGAUGGAUGAGUUCCCCCUGAUCAGCGACCACAGUACGCUGCUUCAAGGCCACGGCGUGCUCGGUGCUGAAGGAUGCCUUGGCAUCCGCAGCUCUGAAGGCAAGUCUGUCCCAACACAAGAUGACCGCAAGAACAAGAGGAAAAAAGACAACAUGUUCGACUCCGACUGGCCGGAGCUGGCCAGCUUAGACGAUUUCGAGCCAAGCCCGAGAAAUUUCGAUCCCACGUUUGAGAUAGGGAGCAGUUAUUUUGAGGACACACUAUGGUCCUCAAAUUUCUCACCAGAAGCUCGGCUUGUACCAAGCAGCUACUUCGACGGUGUCGAUUUCUCCAUUGCUCGAGAUGAGAACACCGUUCUCAAGACAAAUCCGACAAAAACCAAGCAACAGUCCAGGAAUGGAGCAAGUGAUACGCCUCUGAAUUGUGCUGCACGUGGCAGCUCCUCUUCCGGCAUUUCUGAUGCUGAACUCCUCGUCCGCUUUGAUAAUAUAGAGCUCGGAAACCAAAUAGGUUGCUGCGAGGGACUAGAGGCUAUUCUUUGCCCAAGUCAGGAAAUGCAAGCCUCGACGGCAUCUAGCAGCAUGUGCAGCGGUGAAACGGUAGCUUCAUCAACUUUCUCAGGGCCAGACUCCGUUGCUGCCCACAUCCCUCGUCCUUCGAAGAAGCCGCAGGAUCCAUUCAGCGGGGCUCCUGAUAUGAUCCUCGAGGAGAUGGCUGGAAACCCACUGGACAUGUACUUCCCUCCGCUGGCAACGUAUGAGAAGCCUGGACUGCCGACGAGCGACGCCACUUCGGCACAGAAGCAUCGGUUCCCUGAAGAGCUUGCGGGCAGUCAUGCUCUGAACUGUGCAGAGUCACAGCUCUGCGCGAAGGAGAUCGCUUCUGCAGGGUUGCGUGGGCAGCCUAGCUCGGCAGUGGUUCUGGAAGCCGUGCCGGUGAAGGAACUUGGCUUCCAUAAGCUUCAGGAGGGCAUGAAUCAGCUGGAUCUGGCAACCAAAGGACGCAUAAGGGAUGCCUUAUACCGGUUGGCCAACGGCGUCGAACAAAGGCAUUGUGCUGCCGGUUCAAGUGGAGGGGUGGGAUCGUCAGGCUCAAAGAGGUUCAGAUCGGGUAACGGAUGGACCGAAACGCAGACGAACCCCAUGGAUCAGUCAGUAGCACAUCUGCUUCUGAAGAAACCCUCUUACAGGAAGGCUGCCCAGCCGCACCGUGUGGCAUAGUCUCCUCCAGAAGAGACCCGAGUUGCCUCUUUGCAGCAGUGCAAGAAUUGUAAUCCAUUUGCAUCCUAUUCUGAAACACUGAACUAUGUGACACCUGAAUAUCUGAUGAUGAUGCAGUAUGGUUCCUGGCAC